GGGGCAGGGGUGUGUCCUGCUCCUUGUCCGGGGUACCGGGGCCCGCUCACGGCUCUCGGGUAGUUCACUCGCUUGUCGGGAUGGGCCGGCAGCUCGGCCGCCCGGCACCGAUGGUAUGGGAAAGUUUGCCGUUCCUCCUGCUCCUGGCUGCUUUCUGCAGCCGGGGCCAGCCGCCGCCGGCGCCGCCGCCGCAAAGAGGAUUGUUUCCUGCAGUGCUGAACUUGGCUACUAAUGCUCUCAUCACAACCAAUGCUACCUGUGGAGAAAAGGGUCGGGAAAUGUACUGCAAACUUGUUGAGCAUGUUCCCGGACAGCCUGCAAGGAACCCUCAGUGCCGUAUUUGUGAUCAAAGGAGUAGGCUUCCACACCAACGACAUCCAAUAACAAAUGCAAUUGAUGGCAAGAACACUUGGUGGCAAAGCCCUAGUAUCCAGAAUGGGAUCGAAUAUCAUUACGUGACUAUUACGCUGGACCUCCAACAGAUUUUCCAGAUUGCAUAUGUUAUUGUGAAAGCAGCUAAUUCACCUCGACCUGGGAAUUGGAUAUUAGAACGUUCUCUGGAUGGCGUAGACUAUCAGCCAUGGCAGUAUUAUGCUAUUACAGAUAGUGAGUGCCUGACACGCUACAACAUUCAUCCCCGUCCUGGAACUCCAUCUUAUAUAAAAGAUGAUGAAGUUAUAUGCACCUCUUAUUAUUCUAAAAUACAUCCUCUGGAGAAUGGAGAGAUUCACACUUCUCUAAUUAAUGGACGGCCUAGUGCUGAUGAUCCUUCACGUGCGUUACUGGAAUUCACCUCUGCUCGCUUUAUUCGCCUGAGAUUUCAGAGGAUAAGGACACUAAAUGCUGAUUUAAUGAUGUUCGCACACAAAGAUCCCACUGAAAUUGAUCCCAUCGUUACAAGGAGGUAUUACUAUUCUAUAAAAGAUAUCUCAGUUGGAGGCAUGUGCAUAUGCUCAGGCCAUGCGAAGGCUUGUCCACUUGAUCCAGUGACCAAUAAAUCUGUCUGUCAGUGUGAGCACAACACUUGUGGAGAGACAUGUGAUCGGUGUUGUCCUGGUUUCAAUCAAAAACCUUGGCAUGCUGGGACUUUCCUGGUUAAGCAUGAAUGUGAACCAUGCAACUGUCAUGGGAAGAGUGAGGAAUGUUACUAUGAUCAGAAUGUGGCAGACAGAAAUCAGAGUUUGAAUAUUUUUGGAGAAUACAUCGGGGGUGGAGUGUGUGUUAAUUGUACAAGCUACACUGAUGGCAUAAACUGUGAGACCUGUGUUGAUGGCUACUUCAGACCUGAAGGGGUAUUGCCAGAUAGCCCAGAUCCAUGCCAGCCUUGUUCCUGUGAUCCAAAUGGGUCUUUACAUGAAACCUGUGUCAAAGAUGAAAAACAUGCAGAAGGAGAUAUGUUGCCUGGUUUCUGUCACUGCAAGACUGGCUAUGCAGGAGAGCACUGCAGUAGAUGUGCAUUGGGUUAUACGGGAUAUCCUGACUGCCUGCCCUGCAACUGCUCAGUGGAAGGCAGUGUGAAUAUUGACCCUUGUGUAGGUCUCUGCGUCUGUAAGGAACAUGUUGAAGGAGAAAACUGUGAUCGUUGCAAAUCAGGCUUCUUCAAUCUGCAGCAAAAUAAUCCCCAAGGCUGUGAGGAAUGUUUCUGCUCUGGGAAAACAAAUGCCUGCACAGGCUCUCACUUUACAUACAGAAAUAUAGAAGACAUGAAUGGUUGGUAUCUAGUUGGCUUAUCUGGUCACAUCAGAGUUACUCCUAAGCAAAAGAGUAUUGGUGGGCGUCAGCAGCUUAGCAUCAACAACGUGUCUGCACGUAAAGUACUGCCACAGACUUAUUAUUGGAGUGCACCCAGUUCUUAUUUGGGCAACAAAGUAACAGCAGUUGGAGGGCUUCUGAAAUUCACAGUCUCCUAUGAUUUCACAAAGCAAGAAGAGGCAGCUCAAUUGAUGAUCCAACCUGAUGUCAUCAUAGAGGGAGGAGGUGAUUUGAGAAUCAGCACUCCAAAAGGCAGAAUUCACUUGCAGCCUUCUGAAGUGCAUACUGAAGAAAUUGUGCUGAAACCAGAAUUUUUCUCUUCGCAUGGCACUGAUGUUCCAGUCAGCAGGAAAGAGUUCAUGACCAUCUUUGCAAACUUGAAGAGGAUCCUCAUAAGAGCUACAUACAGCUAUGGGAUGAAUGCCAUCUACAGACUAAAUGGUGUUAGCAUUGAAGCUGCUGACUACUCUUCAACUGGGAGAAAGCUGGCAUCUUCAGUGGAGUUAUGUGACUGUCCCCCAGGUUAUGAUGGUACCUCGUGUGAGUAUUGCUGGCCACAACACAGACGUGUAAACGGCACAAUCUUUGGUGGAGUCUGCACACCAUGUACAUGCUUUGGUCACGCAGAAUCAUGUGAUAAUAUCACAGGGGAAUGCCUGGAUUGCAAACACAAUACAGGUGGUUCAUAUUGUGAUAGAUGUCUUCCUGGUUUCUAUGGUGAUCCUACUAAAGGAACAGCUGAAGACUGUCAGUUGUGUGCUUGCCCACUAAAUAUACCUUCUAACAACUUUAGCCCAACAUGCCAUUUUGACCGAAGCCAUGGAUUAAUAUGUGAUGAAUGCCCAGUUGGAUAUGUGGGACCACGCUGUGAAAGGUGUGCAGAAGGCUAUUAUGGACAACCUCUAAUACCAGGGGGAUCAUGCCAACCUUGCCAAUGUAAUAACAACCUUGACUUCUCCGUUCCUGGCAGCUGUGACAGCUUGUCUGGUGCUUGCCUGAUAUGUAAGUCAGGUACAACAGGCCAAUAUUGUGAGAGAUGUGCUGAUGGAUAUUUUGGUGAUGCUCUUGAUGCAAGGAACUGUCAACCCUGCCAUUGCCAUGUCAAUGGAUCCAUCUCAGAGAUCUGUGACUCUCAGACUGGCCAGUGUGAGUGUAAACCCAACGUGAUUGGGCGCCGGUGUGACAUGUGCAAGCCCAGCUACUUCUGGGCCCCAGAUAAACGAUUUUGUAUACCCUGUGGCUGCAGUGCCGUAGGAUCCAUGUCACUGCAAUGUGAUAUGUCAGGAAGAUGUAUCUGCAAAUCACGAUUCACAGGCAAACGCUGUGAAAUCAGCAGACAGGUGCCUAAAUUGAAAGAAAGUGCGCGAAGCAGUCAGCAGAUUCGAGUCCCCCCUCGGAGAUGGGGCUUCAGCAGUGCCAGUGGGUGCCCACGGGGUGCUUACCAGCCUGCCGCUCCGCCUGAAACGUUUGGCUUACAGUCUUCCAGAGGAUGUGUUCCCUGCAACUGCAACUCUUUUGGUUCCAAAUCCUUUGAUUGUGAUGGAAAUGGACAGUGUUACUGCCAGCCAGGAGUGACAGGGAAGAAGUGUGACCGCUGUGCUCAUGGAUUUUACAACUUUGAAGAAGGAGGCUGUACUCCCUGUGCCUGUUCACAAUUUGGUAAUAACUGUGAUCCCAUCAGUGGCCGCUGUAUCUGCCCCCCCAACACUAUUGGAGGGAUGUGUGACAAGUGUGCACCAAAUCACUGGGGCCAUGACAUUGUACAUGGUUGCAAGCCAUGUGACUGUAGCCUCAUUGGAGCCUUAAGUUCUCAGUGUGACUUAAAUACAGGCUGCUGCUUCUGCCGCCCUGAAUUCUCUGGGGAUAAAUGCACUGAGUGCAGGUUGGGUUACUGGAAUUAUCCACAAUGCAUUACUUGUCAGUGUGUCCUGUCUGGCACUGAUCCACGGAGCUGUGAUACAGAUUUGGGCACAUGCUCAUGCGUUAAUCAUACUGGCCAAUGCAGCUGCAAGGCCAAUGUGGAAGGUGUCCACUGUGACAGGUGCAAGUCUGGCACAUUUGGCCUCUCUGCCAGAAACCCACUUGGCUGCAGCAGCUGCUAUUGCUUUGGCUUGACUACACAGUGCAGUGAGGCAAAGGGGCUUAUCCGCAUGUGGGUGACCUUGAGGCCAGAGCAAAUGGUUCUACCACUGGUGGAUGAAAACCUUCACCAAAGCACUCUUUCAGGGAUUGCAUUCCAGCCUCCUGAAAUAGUAGCAAAUAUAGAGCAGGUGAUGCAGAUUCUUCGUUCAGAACCUGUUUACUGGAGGCUUCCAGAGCAGUUUGAAGGACGAAAGCUGACUGCAUAUGGAGGGAAACUAAAAUAUGCAAUCUACUUUGAAGCACGGGAAGAAACAGGUUUUACUACUUACUACCCCCAAGUGAUCAUCAGAGGUGGCCCUCCCACUCAUACAAGAAUUAUUGUCCGGCACAUGGCUGCCCCUCUGAUUGGACAGCUAACAAGGCAUGAGAUAGAGCUGACAGAGCACGAAUGGGAAUAUUAUGGUGAUAGCCAAAGAGUGAGAAACAUUGUACCCUGGGAAUAUCAGGAUGACCCAACAGUAAACAAGACCAUAUCUCAGGCAGAUUUCACAUGGAAACAUUAUGCAGAUGACUCAAGGCCGAGUAGAGUUGUAUCCCGGGAAGACUUCCUGAAUGUGCUGUAUGAUGUGCAUUACAUUCUUAUUAAGGCUACUCAUGGCAACAUCAUGAGGCAAAGCAGGAUUUCUGAGAUCUCAAUGGAAGUUGCUGAAGGUGGCAUUGUUUCUGGAAUGACUCCUCAGGCUAACUUGAUUGAGCAAUGUGACUGCCCACUGGGUUACUCUGGUUUGUCUUGUGAGUCGUGCUCUCCAGGAUUUUACAGGCUUCCAGUCUCACAUGGAGGAAGGAUAACUAGUCAGUCCCUAGGUGCCUGUGUUGUGUGUCAAUGUCAUGGGCACAGUGCUACGUGUGACCCUGAAACAUCAGUUUGUCAGAAUUGUCAGCACAAUACUGCCGGUCAGCACUGUGAGAGAUGUGCACUGGGAUUUUAUGGCAUUGUCCGAGGAUCUCCAGAGGACUGCCAGCCUUGUGCUUGUCCCCUAUCCAUUUCCAGUAACAAUUUUAGCCCUUCUUGUGUUGUGGAAGGACCUAGUGAUUAUCGGUGUACUGCAUGCCCACCUGGAUAUGAAGGCCAGUAUUGUGAAAGAUGUUCUCCUGGCUACACAGGAAAUCCACAAACCCCAGGAGGAUCCUGCCAGGAAUGUGAGUGUGAUCAGUAUGGUUCCAUGCCUGUCCCCUGUGACCCUGCCACUGGAGUGUGUACUUGCAAGCCUGGAUUCACAGGGUGGAAGUGUGCUGGCUGUGAACAUCGACAUGCACGUGAUGGCAUGAAAUGCAUUUCUUGUGAUGAUGAUUGUACAGGACUCCUUCUCAAUGACCUUGAUCGACUAAACCAGAUGAUCAUGAGCGUUAACCUGACUGGUCCACUGCCUGCUCCAUAUAAAUUGUUGUACAGUUUUGAAAACACAACGCAGGAAUUAAAGCAUUUACUUUCACCUCAGCGAGCACCAGAGAGACUUCUUCAGUUAGCUCAGGAAAAUCUGGAUACACUGGUGACAGAAAUGGAUGAACUACUGACAAGAGCUACCAAGGUGACAGCAGAUGGUGAGCAAACAAAGCAGGAUGCUGAGAGGACUAAUGACAGAGCAAGAUCUCUCGGGCAGUUCAUGAAAGGCAUUCUCCAAGCUUCUGAAGCUGUAAAUCAAGAUGCUAUAAGACUGAAUGAGACACUUGGAACCCCAGACAAGACCUUGGAGAAGAGUCUUCCGGAACUGCAGAGUGAGGCUGACAGAAUGGUCAUGGAGAUGAGAAGUAAAAAGAUGAAUAUGCAAGAAAGAAUAGCUCAAGAUGAGUUCAAAAAUGCAGAAGACCUUUUGAACAAAGUGAAGAAAUUAUUUGGAGAACCCAGUGAGAAAAAUGAGGAUCUCAAAAAUGAAGUCCGGGACAAGCUAACAAAUUACCACACCAAAGUUGACGAUGCUCGAGAUCUUCUAAGAGAUGCUAUGAAUAAAAUUAGAGAGGCUAAUCGUUUAUCUGCAGUCAACAAAAAUAACAUGACCAUGGUAGAGAAAAAGAAGCAAGCUGUAGAAGAUGGCAGGCAAGGUGUUGAGAAGAGUCUGCAGGAAGGGAAUGAUAUCCUUAAUGAAGCCUACAACCUUACAAAUGAAAUCAACGUAGCUGUAGAGUACGUGGAAAGUGUUGCAGAUAAGAUACAGUCAAUGUCUGAUCAGCUGAAGGAUAAAAUAGAUGAUUUAUCUCAAGAAAUUCAAGACAAAAUGCUUCCAGAAAAGGUAUUACAAGCUGAGAACCAUGCAGCGCAGCUGAAUGAAUCAUCUGCAAUACUGGAUGGAAUCCUUGCUGAAGCCAAAAAUCUUUCUUUCAAUGCCACACUUGCUUUCAAUGCUUAUACCAAUAUCAAGGAUUACAUAGAUGAAGCUGAAAAAGUUGCCAAGGAAGCCAAGGCUCUUGCAAAUGAAGCUAUGCAAGCGACAUCUGGUCCUCAAGGAUCACUGAAGGAUGACGCCAAGAGCUCUCUUCAGAAAAGCUUCAGGGUCUUUAAUGAUGCCAUGGUGCUAGAAAAUGAUGUUAAAGAAAAGGAAGAUAACCUGGACAGCAUGCAGAACAGACUGAAAGAUGCUGAUGAGAAGAAUUCUAUUCUCCUGAAAACUUUGAAUGAAACCUUUGGGAAGCUUUCAGCCAUUCCUAAUGAUACAGCUAUAAAGGUACAGGCAGCUAAAGACAAAGCAAGACAAGCCAACAAUUCUGCAAAUGAUGUCCUGGCCCAGAUUAAAGACCUCAACCAGAAUCUCCUUGGCUUGCGAAACAACUACAGUAAGCUUGCAGAUGAUGUGGCAAAAACAAAUGCUGUUGUGAAAGACCCUAUCAAGAACAUUGCUGAUGCAGAUUCAAGUAUAAAACACCUGGAAAAGGAGGCAGAUCGCCUACUAGAUAGACUCAAGCCAAUCAAAGAACUUCAAGAUAAUUUAGGGAAAAACAUUUCUCAGAUAAAAGAGCUGAUAAACCAAGCUCGGAAGCAAGCCAAUUCGAUCAAAGUGUCCGUGUCUUCUGGAGGCAACUGUAUUCGGACAUACAGACCAGAAAUAAAGAAAGGAACAUACAAUACCAUCAUUAUCAAUGUGAAGACUGUAGUUGCUGACAAUCUUCUUUUUUACCUUGGAAGUGCCAAGUUUACUGACUUCUUGGCCAUAGAAAUGCGCAAAGGCAAAGUGAGCUUCCUUUGGGAUGUGGGAUCUGGUGUUGGACGGGUAGAGUAUCCAGAUCUGACCAUUGAUGAUGGGUUUUGGUACCGGAUUGAAGCCUCUAGGACUGGGAAAAAUGGCACUAUAUCAGUGCGAGCACUGGAUGGCCCCAAAGCCAGCAUUGUGCCAGCCACUUUCAGUGGUGUCUCGCCACCUGGAUAUACCAUUUUGGAUGUAGAUGCUAAUGCCCUGCUGUUUGUUGGAGGUUUAACUGGAAAAAUAAAGAAAUCAGAUGCUGUAAGAGUCACCACUUUCACUGGCUGUAUGGGUGAAACCUUCCUAGACAGCAAACCCAUAGGACUGUGGAAUUUCAGGGAUAUAGAAGGUGACUGCAAAGGGUGUGCUGUCAGCCCACAGGUGGCAGAUGGUGAAGGAACAGUCCAGUUUGAUGGUGACAGCUAUGCUGUAGUGAGCCGCCCAAUCCGCUGGAACCCUAAUAUUUCCACAGUCAUGUUCAAAUUCAGGACCUUCUCAUCCAAUGCCCUGCUGAUGUAUCUUGCUACUGAGGACUUGAAGGAUUUCAUGAGUGUAGAACUCAGCGGUGGGCGUAUAAAAGUCAGCUAUGAUCUGGGUUCAGGUACAGCUUCUGUUAUCAGCAACCAAAAUCAUAAUGAUGGCAGAUGGAAGUCUUUUACUCUAUCAAGAAUUCAGAAGCACGCCAACAUAUCAAUUGUAGACAUAGACACCAAUGAAGAAGAGACCAUAGCAACAACCUCUACAGGUAGCCACUUUGGACUCAACUUAAAAGGGCAUGAGAAAAUAUAUUUUGGUGGAUUGCCGACUCUUAGAAACCUAAGUAUGAAAGCAAGGUAAAAAUAAUCAGAUUACUUGCAUGACUUGCAUGUCUAGUAAGUGUAGCUUAAAAGCAGAAGCAGCUAUGCAGUAGCAGCGUGUAGGUAGUAUUUAUACCAGCUGUUAUGCUAAGGCUGUUAAUUCAGCAAGUUGCUCCUGCUGCAACAAGCAAAGCUGCUUCCAAGUGCUUAACGCUGCCAUGUUACAUGCUGUGCCCACAUCUACACAAAUAACUUCUAUUUUCUUCACACAGCUGCUUAAUUCAACUGUGUUUGUUUAUUACCCUGGUAUGCAUUGGAGGCAAAGCUAUAGCAAGCUGUAUUUCCAAGUUUAAGAUCUCUAGCUUAUGAGAGCAGCAUUGUCUAGGGUCAGCAAGGGAGCAAUGCACUCCAAGGCUGUGAAUUAAUUACUGUGGAGGGUAUGAAAGCUACGGUGCAGACUUUUGUUAAAUUUACCACUUCUGAGUUUAAGAGCUAGGGAAAUGAUUGAGGAUGUCACCUGAUUUUUACUGUAAUUUCAGUUUGCAGGAAUUUGCUUCUACUAGUUUUGUUUUGAGUUUUCAGAGAAGAAUCAAACUUGACUCUGUCUUGCAGCUUUAUUCCUGGCCUGAUUUAGAAAUAUAUAAUUUCCCUACCACAAUCCAAGAAUUUCACUCUUUCAAAGAAAGCUAGAUUAUUUCUUCCCAUGCUCCAGUAUCUUUUCUUGUCAUCACUUGAAAAUGAUACUAGUUUGGCACAAAAAAUAAUGAUAAUAAUCUGAGGUCUGAAUGAACUUGUGCCUUGUUUUGUAUGUUUUGGAGGGGAACAAAAUAAAAAAGAAGUGUUAAAAAAGCAUGAAGCAAAUAUUAGAUGUUUAAAAGGAUAUAGAGUUCCUAUGGGUUAGGAAUUAUAAGCAGCAAUUACAGCAGCUGCCUGUAACCAGACAGCAUGAGAGCAGCCUAGAACUGGACAGGACUGAAUGGCAAUGACAGGGAGAGUAUGGGCAUUGUUCACAGGGACACAGCAAAUGGGUUUUGCUGCUGGGAAACAGCAGCAAAUGAAAGAAAGAUGAGCAAAACUUACUUACAUGGUUGUGAAUAUAGAAGAAUAAGGAUUAUUUCAGUAAGACAGAUUGUUUGAGUCACAUAAGGGCUGCAAGUUUGCAAGAAAAUACACUGCGCUUGCUAGGAUGGCUAUAAUGCAAAGAAUGGCUUUCAGUACCAAAACACGCAGCUACACAAUAUCUGUGCAAAAUGGUUUAAUUUUGGAAUUAACAAUCAUUUAAAAUUUUUCUUCCCUUUUAGAGAGCUGAGUUGUUCCUUUUGUCUUGUCAGUCUUUACUCCUUAUUAAUCUUCCAAAUUCAUUUUUCUUUCUUUGAGCUCUUCAUAUUAUUCAGAUAUUCUAUUAAACUGACAGCACUCAUGGGUGACUAUAAUAUUGUAAGCAAAAUUAACUAGUGCUUCUUUGUCUCAUGGUAUAAAUGACAGUUGUUUUUCCUUAAUCUCCUUUGUAAGGCUUUUCUUUGUGAAAACCUGGUUCAGAACUUGCCAGCAAUUAUGGUCUCUCUCUGGUUUUCCCAGGCCUGCAAUCUGCAGAUCAGAUUUUUGCACUCAAGCAUACAAGUUUUGGUGCAACUUUGAGGGGCUUUCUCAUUUCUUCCAGCUUCCAGCUGAUGAAUCAAAACUUGGAAAUUUGCAAUUCUAUCAUAAUGUUUUAUGCUUUGGAUGAGUAAUUAGGUUCUAUAACAAACCCAAGUGUUUUAUUUUCAUUACCUACUUGAGAAAAUCAAGUGUUUCCUAUGUUUCAAACCAAUAUACAGCAGUGUUCAUAGGAAAGAUACUCAAAAUAUAAAGAAACCUAAUGUCAGUCCACAUGAACAUAAAAGAUUCCUAAAGUAUGAAAAAUAUUGAAUGAAAUUUAUUUCACACCUUGGCAAAUACUUCCUCAAAAACUGUUGUAUACUACAAAAGUUUCUUUCAUUAAGAUCUAGCAUGCGUAAAGAUGAAUGAAACAUCUUUGUUCCAGUCAAGGUUUCUCCUCAUUGUUAUCAUUUUCAAUACUGCUUCUCUCAUCUAUUUUUGCCUUAGCUUAUUGCACUUAAACACUUAAUGUGACAGCACUCCUUUACUAAGGAAGAAAGAAAAGAAGGGUCUGUUGACAAAGGCAAUGAAUCCUCUGUUACACCUUUGAUAAGUAAUAAACAUUUUAUGUGUGGAAAGUUGGUAGAAAGCAAGAUGUAUUUGUUUGUCUGUCUGUGUGCAAUUAAAAACAAAAAUCAAGCAUCUGUACAUCUCAAAAAACUGCAUGUAUCUACGUGUUCCCUAAAGUCUGGUUUUGAAA